AUGGCUCCCAAGAAGAUCAGAUGCAAGGCCGACGACUGCAAGGACGCCGUGCAGAGGAUGUUUGGCGACUGCGGCUUCUGCGAGCGCCAGUACUGUGCCAAGCACCGGCUGCCGGAGGAUCACCAGUGCGCUGGUCUUGAUGACUGCAAGAAGGCAGCUCACGAGCAGAACGCCGCGCGAAUCAACCAGGAGCGGACACAGGUCAUCAAGGUCGCAUAA